AUGGAAAACUCACCGGCACUACGCCAGCAAUGUGAAAUUGGACCAAAUCGCACUUCCCCAUCAAUGGGUGGUGGUGAUGGCAACUCAUCAGAGGCUAGGCAACCAGGGACAGCUAAGCCGAUCCCUAUUCUCUUGAUGAAGAACAUCAAUACCCAACUGAGGAUGAAGAUAGUUUGUGAUGAGCAGGCAUUUGGAUUGAACUCAACAAGGGAAACAGGAAAAAUCACAAUUCGUUUGGUUGGAGCUGGCAUCAGAACCACAUCAUGCCGACCGUUGAUCAAACAACUUUUUGCCAACGAUCACCCCGUCGAUUCAUCCAAUGAUGACGUUAAGUCGAUAGGCAAAUCAAGGUCGAACGAUCGAAGGGCCACUCUCAAAAUAGCUAUGGUCUAUUGGGUAAAGCAGAAAGCAGAUUUUAUAAAUUUUUUCUCACGAAUCAAUUGGGAAGUUGAAGAAAAGCAGCUGCAAAUCGUUCAGAUUACGGUUCGUCAACUUCAAACAGUCACUCCCAACAUCUUCAUGAUACCUCACCUACUUCGGCAAUAUUGA